UCAAACCCUGUCGCCACUCUCUCUCUCAUGCUAUUUAAUUUCUAGUUCAUCUUGUUUUUGUUCGAGCUUGAUCCAAAAUGCCGGCUGUCGGAAUCGCCGUCGGCGGCAGUAAAAAGGAGUAUCCCGGCAACCUUACUCUGUAUGUCACUGUAACAUGUGUCGUUGCCGCCAUGGGCGGUUUGAUUUUCGGCUACGAUAUUGGGAUUUCAGGUGGGGUGACUUCCAUGGACUCGUUCUUGAAGAAAUUCUUCCCGUCGGUGUUCAGGAAGAAGGACGAGAACCAAACGUCGAACCAGUACUGUCAGUACGACAGCGUAACGUUGACGUUGUUCACGUCGUCGCUUUACUUAGCGGCGCUGUUGUCGUCGUUGGUUGCGUCGACGGUGACGCGUAAAUUUGGGAGGAAAUUGUCUAUGUUGUUCGGUGGUGUCCUGUUUUGCGCCGGUGCUAUCAUUAAUGCCGCUGCUAAGAACGUUGAGAUGCUUAUUAUUGGCCGUAUUUUGCUUGGUUUUGGUAUCGGAUUUGCCAAUCAGUCUGUGCCGCUUUAUCUGUCGGAAAUGGCUCCAUACAAAUACAGAGGAGCUCUGAAUAUUGGUUUUCAAUUGUCGAUUACAAUUGGGAUUUUGAUAGCCAAUGUGUUGAACUAUUUCUUCGCGAAGAUCAAAGGUGGUUGGGGAUGGCGUUUGAGUUUGGGCGGCGCGGUGGUGCCUGCUCUUAUAAUCUCUGUUGGAUCGUUGAUUCUUCCUGACACUCCGAACUCCAUGAUCGAGCGAGGACGCAACGACGAGGCUCGACAGCAACUGAAAAGAAUCCGUGGAGUUGAGGACAUUGAUGAAGAGUUUAAUGAUCUUGUUGCAGCCAGUGAUGAGUCGAAGAAAGUGCAGAAUCCAUGGACUAAUCUUUUGAAGCGAAAAUAUAGACCUCAUCUGAGUGUGGCUAUCUUGAUUCCCUUCUUCCAACAACUCACUGGCAUCAAUGUCAUUAUGUUCUAUGCUCCUGUUCUUUUCAACACGAUCGGGUUCGGAAGCGAUGCUGCUUUGAUGUCGGCUGUGAUCACCGGUUGCGUUAAUGUUGCUGCUACCAUUGUGUCGAUCUAUGGUGUCGAUAAAUGGGGACGGAGGUUUCUUUUUCUUGAAGGUGGAGUUCAAAUGUUUAUCUGUCAGGCGGUCGUGGCGGCAGCUAUUGGAGCAAAAUUUGGAGUAAGUGGGAACCCGGAUGAGUUGCCGAAAUGGUAUGCCAUAGUGGUGGUGUUGUUCAUUUGCAUAUAUGUUGCAGGGUUCGCAUGGUCAUGGGGGCCUCUAGGUUGGCUUGUGCCGAGUGAAAUCUUUCCAUUAGAGAUUCGUUCAGCUGCUCAAAGUGUAAACGUUUCAGUCAACAUGUUCUUCACGUUCGUAAUUGCUCAAGUGUUCUUGACGAUGCUGUGCCAUAUGAAGUUUGGGUUGUUCAUAUUCUUCGCCUUCUUUGUUGUGGUCAUGUCCAUCUUCGUAGCCUUGUUCUUGCCUGAGACCAAGGGCAUUCCUAUUGAAGAAAUGAGCCAAGUUUGGAAGAAGCAUUGGUACUGGAGAAGAUUUGUUCGUGACACUGAUUUCCCUGCUAAGAACAGAGGAGUUGAAAUGGGAAAAGGAGGAGGAGGAGGCUAUGCUUAGAAUGCUUAUUAUUUCACUGUAAUCACUUUGUAAGUGUUACUUUUUACCAUGAACUUCACAUAUCAAUAUCAAUUUCUCAUUUAUUUUGUGUAAUUAUUAUCUUUCAUGAACAAAUAUGGUGUCAUUUUGUGA